UUCGACAUAGAAGUCGGCCAUGUUGAAUCUGUGAAUGAACUUACAGACUAUACAGUAAUUCCUGCACAGUGCGCCACUAAAAUCGCUCAUCGGAAAAUUGUGUGUUUUCAGAUUUUUCUGCAGAAAAAAGUGUUCAAUCGCUAAAUUUGAUUAAAUAACGUCAGUAUCUUGGUUCCAACAAUGUCACAGGCAUUACCAAUUCGUUUUCAGGAGCAUUUACAGCUCACCAAUAUCAACAUUAAUCCGAAUUCAAUUUCCUUUACAAAUCUUACAAUGGAAUCCGACAAGUUUAUCUGUGUUAGAGAGAAGGUGGGCGAAACGGCACAGGUUGUAAUUAUUGAUAUGAAUGAUGCGCAAAAUCCUAUCCGUCGACCUAUCAGCGCUGAUUCCGCAAUUAUGAAUCCAGCAAGCAAGGUCAUUGCGCUAAAAGCAGCUCAAAAGACUCUGCAGAUUUUUAACAUUGAGAUGAAGUCUAAGAUGAAAGCUCAUACGAUGACGGAAGAAGUGGUUUUCUGGAAGUGGAUUACGUUGAACACUUUGUCGUUAGUUACAGAUACUUCGGUUUAUCACUGGUCCAUGGAGGGUGAUUCUAUUCCGCUAAAGAUGUUCGAACGCCACUCAUCACUUAACGGAUGCCAAAUAAUUAAUUAUAGAACCGAUCCUAAGCAGGCUUGGCUUCUUUUAGUUGGCAUUUCGGCCCUGCAAAACCGUGUCAAUGGAUCUAUGCAGUUAUAUUCUGUGGAACGUAAGGUCUCGCAAGCAAUUGAGGGACAUGCUGCAUCUUUUGCAACAUUUAAAAUGGAAGAAAACAAGGAGUCAUCAACGUUAUUUUGUUUCGCUGUUCGCUCAGCUACAGCUGCGAAGUUACAUAUUAUUGAGGUUGGCGCUGCCCCAGCUGGUAACACCCCUUUUUCCAAGAAGGCAGUCGAUGUAUUCUUUCCUCCGGAGGCUCAAAGUGAUUUUCCCGUAGCGAUGCAAGUUUCGUCAAAAUAUGAUGUCAUUUAUUUAAUUACCAAAUAUGGCUAUAUUCACAUGUAUGACAUCGAGACAGCUACAUGCAUCUAUAUGAACCGUAUUUCGGCAGAUACAAUUUUCGUAACAGCACCACACGAAUCAAGCGGUGGAAUAAUCGGAGUUAACCGAAAGGGGCAGGUACUUUCUGUCACUGUUGAUGAAGAACAAAUUAUACCGUAUAUCAAUAAUGUGUUGCAAAACCCUGAUCUAGCUCUGCGCAUGGCAGUGCGCAACAAUUUAUCUGGUGCCGAGGAUUUGUUUGUACGGAAGUUCAAUCAUCUAUUCCAGAAUGGCCAAUACGCCGAGGCUGCAAAGGUUGCUGCAAUUGCACCAAAGGGUAUAUUGCGUACGCCGCAAACAAUUCAAAAAUUCCAACAGGUUCCGAAUCAACCAGGCACAAAUUCGCCUCCGUUGUUGCAAUAUUUUGGCAUUUUGUUGGACCAAGGAAAGUUGAAUAAAUAUGAAUCUUUGGAACUGUGCCGUCCGGUUCUUGCGCAAGGCCGAAAGCAGUUAUGUGAAAAGUGGUUAAAAGAAGAGAAACUGGAGUGUAGUGAAGAACUUGGCGAUUUAGUCAAACCAUCUGACCCGACCUUAGCCCUUUCAAUAUAUUUGCGCUCGAAUGUACCGAACAAGGUUAUACAAUGUUUUGCCGAAACCGGUCAAUUUCAAAAGAUUGUUUUGUAUGCUAAAAAGGUGAAUUACAGUCCUGAUUAUGUGUUUUUAUUACGAUCAGUAAUGCGAACGAAUCCGGAACAAGGUGCAGGUUUUGCUAGUAUGCUGGUUGCAGAUGAAGAACCACUCGCUGAUAUAAACCAAAUUGUUGAUAUAUUUAUGGAGCAAAACAUGGUUCAACAAUGUACCGCAUUUUUACUGGAUGCUUUGAAAAACAAUAGAUCAAAUGAAGGAUCACUUCAAACAAGACUUCUAGAAAUGAAUUUGAUGUCAGCUCCGCAAGUGGCUGACGCUAUACUUGGUAACGCAAUGUUCACUCACUAUGAUCGUGCUCAUAUUGCCCAACUAUGCGAAAAGGCAGGAUUAUUGCAGCGUGCUCUUGAACAUUAUACAGAUUUAUAUGACAUCAAACGUGCUGUUGUACAUACUCACCUGCUAAAUGGAGAUUGGCUAGUUGGAUUUUUCGGUACCUUGUCCGUUGAAGAUUCGUUGGAAUGUUUGAAAGCGAUGUUAACAGCAAAUAUCCGACAGAAUUUACAAAUUUGCGUUCAAAUUGCAACCAAGUAUCAUGAACAACUGACAACUAAAGCAUUAAUAGAUUUGUUUGAAAGCUUCAAGAGUUACGAAGGCUUGUUUUAUUUCUUAGGUUCAAUUGUUAACUUCAGCCAAGAUCCAGAAGUUCAUUUCAAAUACAUUCAAGCUGCAUGCAAAACAAAUCAGAUUAAAGAAGUUGAGCGAAUUUGCCGUGAAUCAAAUUGCUACAAUGCCGAGAGAGUCAAAAAUUUUUUAAAGGAAGCUAAAUUGACUGAUCAACUUCCACUGAUUAUCGUUUGCGAUCGUUUUGACUUUGUGCAUGAUUUGGUGCUAUAUUUGUAUCGCAAUAGCCUGCAAAAGUACAUUGAAAUAUAUGUCCAAAAGGUAAAUCCAUCCCGUCUACCGGUCGUUGUCGGAGGAUUACUUGAUGUGGAUUGCUCCGAGGAUAUUAUAAAAAAUCUAAUUUUGGUUGUCAAAGGUCAAUUUUCAACAGAUGAACUUGUUGAAGAAGUUGAAAAGCGUAAUCGGUUGAAACUUUUGUUACCCUGGCUGGAAUCGCGUGUUCAUGAUGGUUGUAUUGAACCUGCCACUCAUAAUGCAUUGGCAAAAAUUUAUAUCGAUUCCAAUAAUAAUCCGGAACGGUUUUUGAAAGAAAACCAGUUUUACGACAGUCGAGUCGUUGGACGCUAUUGUGAAAAGCGUGAUCCACAUCUAGCUUGCGUUGCUUACGAGCGUGGGCACUGCGACCGCGAAUUGAUCGCAGUUUGUAACGAAAACUCGCUAUUUAAAUCCGAAGCGAGAUAUCUAGUUCGACGUCGUGAUCCUGAGCUUUGGGCUGAUGUGUUGUCUGAGGCUAAUCCUUACAAACGACAGCUUAUUGAUCAAGUAGUUCAAACAGCUUUAUCAGAAACUCAAGACCCUGAUGACAUUUCAGUCACGGUAAAAGCAUUUAUGACUGCCGAUUUGCCAAAUGAGCUUAUUGAAUUAUUAGAAAAAAUUGUGUUGGAUUCAUCGGUAUUUUCUGAUCAUCGAAAUCUUCAAAAUUUAUUAAUUCUUACUGCAAUAAAAGCCGAUCGGAGCCGUGUCAUGGAUUAUAUCAAUCGUUUGGAUAACUAUGAUGCACCGGAUAUUGCUAAUAUUGCUAUAAAUAAUGAGUUAUAUGAGGAGGCUUUUGCUAUUUUUAAAAAAUUUGAUGUAAACACAUCCGCUAUACAGGUGCUUAUUGAACAGGUACAUAAUCUAGAGCGUGCUAACGAAUUUGCUGAACGGUGUAAUGAGCCCGCUGUAUGGUCUCAACUGGCUCGGGCACAAUUACAACAAGGGCUGGUAAAAGAAGCAAUUGAUAGUUACAUCAAGGCUGACGAUCCUAGUGCGUACAUAGAUGUAGUAGAAACUGCUAGCAAAAAUGAAUCUUGGGAGGAUUUGGUUCGCUAUCUUCAAAUGGCACGAAAAAAAGCACGAGAAAGCUACAUUGAAAGCGAAUUAAUAUAUGCAUACGCAAGAACUGGACGUUUGGCAGAUUUGGAAGAAUUUGUAUCUGGGCCGAAUCAUGCAGAUAUUCAAAAAAUUGGAGAUCGAUGUUUCAAUGAUAAGAUGUACGAAGCUGCUAAACUGCUAUAUAAUAAUGUUAGUAACUUUGCAAGAUUAGCAAUUACGUUGGUGCAUUUGAAAGAAUUCCAAGGAGCUGUUGAUGGAGCAAGGAAGGCCAACUCUACACGGACUUGGAAAGAAGUAUGCUUUGCUUGUGUGGAUGCUGAGGAAUUUCGAUUAGCACAAAUGUGCGGGCUGCAUAUAGUUGUUCAUGCUGAUGAGUUAGAAGAUUUAAUAACUUAUUAUCAGGAUAGAGGCCAUUUCGAGGAAUUGAUUGGAUUGUUAGAGGCCGCACUUGGACUGGAACGGGCUCAUAUGGGAAUGUUUACGGAACUUGCUAUACUCUACUCAAAAUAUAAACCGACUAAAAUGCGUGAGCACUUGGAGCUCUUCUGGUCGAGAGUGAAUAUCCCCAAAGUACUUCGCGCUGCUGAACAGGCUCACCUCUGGUCGGAAUUGGUAUUUCUGUACGACAAAUAUGAAGAAUAUGACAACGCUGUUUAUUCUAUGAUGGCACAUCCAACGGAAGCAUGGCGUGAAGGUCAUUUUAAAGAUAUUAUAACAAAAGUUGCCAAUAUUGAGCUUUAUUACAAAGCUAUUCAAUUCUAUUUGGACUAUAAACCACUGCUAUUGAAUGAUAUGCUACUAGUGUUGGCUCCUCGUAUGGAUCAUACGCGAGCAGUCAACUUUUUUACCAAACAAGGACACUUACAGUUGGUUAAAACCUAUCUUCGAUCAGUGCAAAGUCUCAAUAACAAAGCAAUCAAUGAAGCACUCAAUGGUCUACUCAUUGAAGAGGAAGAUUAUCAAGGUCUUCGAACAUCUAUUGAUGCAUUUGACAACUUCGAUAAUAUUGCACUUGCUCAGAAAUUAGAAAAACAUGAAUUGACAGAAUUUAGACGAAUUGCUGCAUAUUUGUAUAAAGGAAAUAAUCGUUGGAAACAGAGCGUUGAAUUGUGUAAAAAGGAUCGUCUUUUCAAAGAUGCCAUGGAAUACGCAGCUGAAUCGCAUCAAGGAGAACUUGCAGAAGAACUUCUGGGAUGGUUUCUAGAAAGAGGUGCUUUUGACUGUUUCGCAGCCUGCCUUUUCCAGUGUUAUGAUUUAUUACGUCCUGAUAUUAUCCUUGAGCUGGCGUGGCGUCACAACAUCAUGGACUUUGCGAUGCCCUAUUUAAUACAAGUAACUAGAGAAUAUACAUCUAAAGUGGAUAAGUUGGAAGCAGCCGAAGGAGAACGGCAGAAAGAAGGCGAAAAUACGGAACAUAAAUCAAUUAUUCUGCCUGAACCACAACUGAUGUUGACGGCUGGGCCCGGCAUGGGAAUACCACAGUAUGCUCCACAGUAUUCUGGAGGCUACGUUGCGCCUCAACCGAAUAUGUCGCCAUAUCCAGGAUAUGGUGCUAUGUAAAUCAUACACACGUUACAAGACCUUUAAUUUUUUUUGUAGUAACGAUUGUGGUAAUCGUUCAGCAGACAUCAUAACGUUAUUUUUCGUCUUUUUUUUAUUACUACCCAUGUGUGUACUGCGACACUCAGUUAAGAUGACCUAUGGUCUUCCGCCAAGGCAGUACAGACACAUCUUAUCUUAAUUUUAAAAGUUCAUUCUUACACCUAGUUUUACAAAUGUUAAAAUCAAACACGUGGUUUACUUCAUUGAACAGCCGACAACACCAAUCCAAUGGAUUAUUCUGGCCAUACUGAGUUCGAUGAGCCGGAGUCCAGAGGAGAACUCGAUUUCGGAGAAUACGACGAGGUCAAAGAUGAUUAGUCUCUGAGAAGUUCGUCUUCUUUCAGCAAGCGUGCUUAGGUUUAUCAGUCGACAACGAUUUUCGUAGGCAGGAAGACGCAAAGGAUCCUGCCAUGGUAUAUAUAUAUAUAAACUGCAAUAUACAUUUAAUAAAUCAUAGUUAUUUAUGUUCGCAUAUUUUUGCAUUAGUUUUCUCCAAUACAAAUAUAAUAAAUAAAUUACAAUUUAGUUAUUCAAAUAUCGAUUAUCAGGAAAUAUAUAGGUAAAUGCUGUCGCAACUGAAUGUAAAUAUGAAAUAAAAAUGUACGUGAUGUACUAAUAUAAGUAAAUACAGAGUAUUUUCGAUUCUAAAGAAAUGUUAAAAAUAUGCAUGAAUAGUUUAUACAAAGUAUCGUAUUGUUAACUUAUAUGUAAACUAUGUGGUUUACGUUUUAGCAGCGUUUCACAAUUUUCAAUCCAUCUUGUAAACUAUGAUAUAAAUAUAGGUGUUUACUCUGCUAUUGAUCAGUGCACUUAGGGUUAGUAACUACAAACACAAUAAAUAAAAUUGAAGGUAUACAUUAUUGAAAGCUUGAGAAAUGAAAUCGCAAAUCACUGUAAUCCAGUCGUUGGUGUGCUGUGUUGAAACGUAAGCGGAAAAUAAGUAUUUAUAUUUACAGAGAAAAACCUUCUGAUCGGUUUUAGUGAAUGAUACCGGUUUAACAAGCCAUUCGUCGUGUGCUUCAAUCUCUAGUGGAGGGUACUCUUACAGACACUAGAUUUGCUGCCUCAGCUCUAGGAUUACUGUACUGUACAUUAACAGGCACCUGUCAGUCAUUCUGUCAACAAAGAAUUGUAAAGUCUCUUAGGCUGUGAAACAUUUGGCAAAAUUUGUAAACUUUUUUGAAAAUGUCAGAUCAGUAGCUACUUCCCCUUCGGUUUAGAGCAGGGUCAUUACGUUGCUAUUUUUGUUAGUUCGAUAGUUAUUGCAGUCGAAGAGAGUACAUACAUACGUUAGCGUCAAAAAGCAAAACGUCAAGAGCAAACCACUCCACACACUCGAGGAAAAAUUUAGACAUGAGCUGGAUCCAGUGCCUAAGCUGUUAUAAUAGCAAAUUCCAAACAUCCGCAUCCAUUCCUUCACUCUUCGUUGUCGUCUCAGCCCUACACAAACCGCUUCCGCCCCAGCAAACGUCAGUUUAGUUGGUUUAGUUUCUAACGUUAUCGUGAGAUAAAUACUCCAUAAGUAAGUUUUCUUCCUCUUCUUGGCAUUUAUUCUCAUCAAGAGUCAAAUAACUAUCCAUUUGUCAAAGAAUCAAAUAGGUUGCAAUGUAAAAUGAAUUUUACUAUUUUAAGGGAAAGUGACUAUCUCUCUACCUAAAAAAUUGCGUGAAAUGCUUGACGGUCUUUGUGAACCGAUGUUUAAGGUAAAGUCUCAAUUACAUUAGGCGAGUACGUUGACUGCUGGUUAGUGAAUUUGCGAAUUAAUUGUAUAUUCGUCCAGUGUUAUAAUGUCUAUUCGCUUACUAACGAGCUAUUGGAUAUGAUUGCACUGGGUGAGUUUAUAAUCAGUUCGCAACUGGUAGCUAGCAUGCUCGCCUAAUGUAAUUGAGGUUUAAGAACAUUGUUUUGUUUGUUUGUAUUUAAUUCACGCUUAUAACAAAUACCUAAACGAUAUACAAGAAAUGCUUGUAUAAUUUGAAAUAUGAAAGCUAUAGUAAGACGCAACACACUAACGGCAUUAUAAUGUGGAUCUAAGGUCGGGAUUCACGAGUCACGAGAAAAGCCUGAAUGAAUACAUAAUCUUAAAACAAAACUCUGAAACUAUUAUAAUCGUAUUCUAAUGAGGAACUGAAACAAAUAACGUAUAAUAAACUAAUAACUAUAGAACCUCACACAAAUAAUAAAUUAGAGUUUUAGAGU